CCAGUCCGUCACACCUAGGUUCAGGCAGGUGCGCCAUCCGCACCAGAAGUUUCAGAAGUAUUUUUAGUCUUCAUUCAAAGACGAGAAUUAUCUGACAGCCUCAGCGUCAGCCUCAGCCUCGGAAUUAUUGUCAUCCUGCUUCCGUUGGCGAUUGUGACUUAGGAGAGCUUUGAGUGUUUCGUGCAGCGUUGUCCCGUAAGCUAGGUUAGACUUUGGCCUAGGGAAAGGACCAAUCAACGCAGCGACUAUGGCUCAUCAGGCCCCAAUUAUCGACCAGCUAGGAUCUCCCACCGCACCAGGUCUAGCCGCUGAUACUGAUGCGGACGGUUAUGAUUUUCUAGGUAACGGCCGUCCCGCAUCGAGCGGUGGAGAUCAUCCGGGUGAAUACGACAGCGAGGACGAGCUCUUAAAGCCGUCAGGGCCUGCCGACAUGUCUGCUUUCAAAUGCUUCGUCGCGGAAAACGUCUCCUCAAAUGUUUCCUCGCAGCCCGGGGCUACCUUUCCGCAGUCCUCCUCCUUGCGUACCGCGUCUAAACGGUUCACUGCCGCUCCUCCGGGCCCUGCGCGGUUCACUUCGGUUCCUUCGAGUUCUGCGCGGUUCACUUCGGCUCCGCCGGGCUCUGCGCGGUUCCCUCCCGGCACUAACCGUGCUCCGAACUUACCAUUUGUCGCUGGCCGUGGCGGCAAGAACUCGAAUACAGGCAGCACGGCCGGCGGGGGGAAAGGCACUAGCAGCAGCUAUGGUCGCCGCAUCAAUGGGAACCCCUCGGGUUCUGCCGGACAGCAGAAAGUUGCUGACUCGGGAAAUACAUUAUUUAGGAGCUCGGACGGUUCAGGAAGCGUCUUAAUUAAUGAUGUCAGAGGCGUUGGUAGAUCUAAUGCAGGGUUUCAGUUUGGAGGCAGUAAAUCGGGCAACAAAUCGGGCAGCAAGUCGGUUCCCAGUGCCGAUAAGUAUUCUGCUUCAAAACGCUCUAACGUGUCUCCAACCGUUGCUUCCAACGUGGUUUCGGCUGUCGCUCCAGCCAGCGCGGCUGUGGGAUGGGAACGGCCGGCAGGAGCAUCGGUGACAACGGCAGCAGCAGCAGCAGCAGCAACAACCAUGGCAGCAGCUACGACCGCCACAGUAACAGCAGCAGCGUCUACAACGACCGCAACCAAAGCGGCAGCAACGACAGCCGCAGCAGCCAGAGCAGCAGCAGGGCCAUCAGCAGCAGCAGGAACAUCAGCAGCAGCAGGAACAACACUGGCAAGAAUUACAGGAGCGGCAACAACAGCAGCAGCAGCAAGAACAUCAGCAGCAGAAACAGGAUCAGUCCCUGCUGCAGCCGAAGUACCGACCACAGCAGCAACAACAGCAACAGAGCCGGUGACAGCAGCAGGAAGCACAGGAGAAGGAUCAAGGAAAGGAGGAGGGGUGACGAGAGAAGGAGGGGUGAGAGGUGGAGGAGCGACAGCAAACGGCGAGGUAUCACCUGGAGGGGUACCAGGCGAAGGGGAACCAGUGGGGAGGACGGCGGCAGCCGUAAACAUGGUUGAGGGGGCAGCGAAGAGAGCGAGGGAGAGGGACCUGGGGGAUGUGGAAGAACACUCCGGGAUUCGCCUCAGGAACCGUUUCAUCUCUGCGCCAGUGCUCAGGCAGAAGCUGGCCGACAUCCGCUUUCUUCGCCUCGAAGCCAUCCCCUCUGCUCUGAUUGGUGGGAGGAGCCAGCUGUCGGGCGCAUGGGCCACCAUCGCCGUCAUAUCCGGGACCUCCACCACCAAGCCCUCUUCUUCCUCCCGCCCCUUCGUCUCCUGGAAACUCACUGCUCUCUCCGGUGCUUUAGGGGGAGGCCAGGGCGGAGGGAGAGGAGGAGGGGGGGGAGGGGGAGGUGGGAGGGGCGGGGGGAUGGAGGAGGUCACGCUGUUUCUGUUUGGAGCGGCGUUUGACGUGUAUUGCAGGCAAGACAGAGGGACGGUGGUGGCGGUCUUAGGAGCAGAGGCCAACCCGCCAAAGGGGAAUCUCCCACCGUCUCUCCAUGUGUUCCGAGCCAAUCAAAUCCUGCCACUUGGCACAGCGAGGGAUUUCGGCAUCUGCAAGGGGGUCACAGAAAGCAAUGAGCCAUGCCAGGCUGUUGUAAACAAAACCCUUGCGGAGUACUGCGACUGCCACAUUGCAGCAGCGUACCAGAAGAUGAAGCCAAGCCGCCUGGAACUGGAUGGCGGGAACCUUUCGACCGCCUUUCUCUUUAGGAACAACGUGCGGCGGUCCCGGCAGGUACUGCAGGGUGCUGGGCACUCGGGCAGUGAGAGCAGCAAGAGGAGGGCGAAGCCUGCAGCAGCUCUGAGCCAAGAAGCACUGAAGAGCAUUCUCAGGGAGAAGGAGAACCUCACAAGCCGGCCUGUGUCCCAGGGCAAGCGGUUCCUGGCAGCAGCAUCAGGGGAUGAGGAGCAAGCCCCAUACAUACCGCCACUUAAGCGAGCCAAGGGAGGGGAGAACGGGACAAUAGGGAGUGAGACAAUACGGAGGGGGGUUGGGGUGACCGCGAGGGUGGAUGGAUCAUGGGAGGGGGUUAAGAGAGGAGUGGAUGGGUUGGGUGGGGUUGGUAACGGUAAAGCAGGAGUUGGUGGUUUUGUGCACGAUAAGAGCCCUACUUGGAAGUCGAGAGAGCAACGUUUCCAGCCAAUGGAGAGAAUGGUGGAGCUAGUUGAUGCCAAUGAUGACGAGGAGGAUGAUAUUGGAGCAGCCAGCGAGGCCUUGAUUCUGAAUUCGUUUCUCAAGGCAAGCCAAACGGCUUGUGGUAUGUAAAGUUCAGGUUUCAUUUGAUCUCCAAGAUUAUAUGUGGCCCUUUAUUAUAACUGUUGGUGUAGGGAACAAGCGUGGACUUGUCCCCACAAUUUCACCUCCGUGUGUAAGAACCAAACCGACGUUGACGGUUCCCCGUUUCCUUCAAUCCGAUUGAAGCUGAUGCCACAUCAGACUAGGACAGUCUCCCCGUUAGGUGUUGACUGAUCUCCGUUGACGCGCCUCGCCCUUGGAUUUCUGCGAAGGCGGAAUUUCCCAUGACGUGGCAAAGUCAGAACAA